ACCCUCUAGGCUCUAGCCGAAGCCUUUCUAUAGUUCGUAGCGUAAAUGGAGCAACCACCAUACACUGAAGAUGACAUCACCACCACCACCACCACUUCUUCUCCACAGGCAAGAAUCAACCAGAAUUCCGAUGCUCCUCUCGGCGGCACACGGCAUCCAGUUUAUCGCGGCGUCAGGAAACGGAGGUGGGGGAAAUGGGUGUCUGAAAUUAGAGAACCGCGAAAGAAAUCACGUAUUUGGCUAGGCUCAUUUCCUGUGCCAGAAAUGGCUGCCAAGGCAUAUGAUGUUGCCGCCUAUUGUCUUAAAGGUUGUAAAGCGCAGCUUAAUUUUCCUGACGAGGUAGAGGACUUGCCCCGGCCGUCGUCGUGUACGGCUAGGGAUAUUCAAGCAGCAGCAGCCAAAGCAGCACAUUCGAUGAUUAAUGCAGAAGAAAAGAGCAGCUGCAGCACAACAAAUAGCGAUGGCGACCUGAAAACUGAUGAUUUCUGGGGUGAAAUUGAAUUACCGGAAUUAAUGAGUAGUGGAUUCAAUUGGAGUUCGUGUGUAUGGACAACUUUAGCAGGCGAUUCCACUUGGCAAGAUGAAGAGGCUCCACAGAUGUUCAUGGCAUGUCUGUAACGUGGCAGUAUUGAAGUUUUGUUAGCGUGCAUGUCUGGUACUAGGCUUGGAAAUCUAUGUCCCUCCCUCUCUCUCUCUCUCUCUCUAGAUCAUAUAUGCUGGUUCUGUUAAUCCUAUAUGUAUAUCUUGCAAUAUUUAAUUAAUAUUAAUUAUAGUAUAUGAAGUUUUGAAAUGCA